GAUUCUUUUGUCGUGUUUUUCAUAUUUUGUUUUCUUAGUUCAUGCUCCUCCAUGAUGCCUCAUUCAAGUACUACAUGCUCUGUGUCUUCAUAGUUUUUAUGUGUCUGGUCAUCUCACAACUACUUACACAACCAAAGCACCCUCUAUCGUUUGCUGUAUUCAGUACAUCAUGUUUAAUACUUUUAUUUCUGAUACUUAUUGCAAUGGCGCAGUAUAUGAAGUGUCAUGCUAAGCUUUCUAUGAUGUGGCUAGAGAGACUUCUCCAAGCUCGAUGGUGGUUACGAAGGUUGAUGGCUGGUAUCGCCAUGGUUACACUACUCCUUAUCUCAAUCAUCAAUGUGGUAGAGUGUAGGACUGUCCCAGAAUGCUCAGCCAAUCAGACAGCAUCUAACAAACCUCAUAGUAUCUACCAGAUCUCAGCAAACCCAUCAACCUCACCAUUUAUCAAUAACUCCACUUCAAAUGAUAAAUUUAUAUGCAGCCUACCUGUAAUAUACCCUUUGUGUAGUAUGCUAGCACUGCAGACCUGUCUACUGUUCCUUCAAGUUGGUGUUAGUGUUAAAGCCUUCAUCAUGAUACUGGGACUGGUGGCAAACUCGGUAGUCUUACACUACACUCAUCAUUCCGUGUUUGACUGUGCUGAUAUGACAAUGUACUACAGAGAAGGUUUUCAUAAUUAUAUUCCGACAAGAAUCACAAUGACAGCCCAGCUGGUUGUACUAGUCAUCAUGCUUGUUCUCAUUCAUAGAAGAAUAGAGUACACAGCUCGUCUAGGGUUCCUGUGGCAGAUGAAAUAUCGGGUCGAGAGGGAGGAAGUAGAAACAAUGGAAUCUCUCAAUAAGGUCUUACUUGAGAACAUGUUACCUAGUCAUGUGGCGCAGCAUUUUGUCAAACAGAGAAUGAAGAGUGAUGUGAGUAUAUUUAUACCCCCGCCAAACAAAGUUUGAAGUGGGUAUGUAGGAAUCAGUGUACGGUUGGUUGGUCGGGCGGUCAGAUGGUCCAUUGCAAAUAUUACGCUUUGAACUACUGCCUUAAUUUUUAACCAAUUCUCAUGAAAUUUUUAACACACAUUGGUCUAAUUGUGUUGCAAUGGUAAUGGUACACUAUGGCAAAAAUUAGGUAAAAAAUGUGUGUUUCAAAACUACUUCCUCAAUUUUUAACCAUUGACUACCAUUUAAUAUACACCAUUGAUAUACCAUUGGAAUACCAUUCGCACAGGACCCACCAUACACCAAUGGUAUACCAUUCAAGCUAAUUUAAAUAAUUGGGACGUUACUAUUACCAUAUUCAUGAGCACAAUUUACCAUUCAUAUACCAUUGAUCAAACACCAUUCACCAUUGAUCUACCAUGGCCACUAUAGACAGGUUUACCAUUGACCUACCAUUCACCAUUCAGCCACCAUUCACUGGCCUACCAUUCACCAUUCAGCCACCAUUCACUGGACACCAUUGGCCUUGCUACCAUUCACUGUACACCAUUCGCCUACCAUUCACCAUACACCAUUCGCCUACCAUUCACCGUACAUUAUGCGCCUACCAUUCACCUUACACCAUUCACCUACCAUUCACUGUACACCAUUCACCUACCAUUCACCAUACACCAUUCGUCUACCAUACACCGUGCACCAUUCGCCUACCAUUCACUGUACACCAUUCACCAUACACCAUUCGUCUACCAUACACCGUACACCAUUCACCGUAUACCAUUGGCCUACCAUACACCGUUCAUCGUUGACCUACCAUUCACUCUACACCAUUUGUCUACCAUACACCAUUUGCCUACCAUUUACCAUACACCAUUGGCCUACCAUACACUGUACACCAUUGACCUACCAUUUACCAUACACCAUUGGCCUUCCGUUCACUGUACACCAUUGUACACCAUUGUCCUACCAUACACUCUAUACCAUCAGUCAACCAUUCAAUUUACACCAUUGGCAAUACACUAUAGAACACAAACUUGUGUACAUUCAAUGGUAGACCAAUGGUUUACACUGAAUGAUAAACAGUAGACCAAAGAUGUGCAAUGUAUAGUAGGCCAAUAAAGAACAUUGAAUGAUAGACCAAUGGUGAACAGCAUGUAUAGCUAUGGUUAAUGCUAGGUUUAAUAAUGGAUUAAAGUAUGCACAAGAAAAACAAUGCUGAAAACGAUUAUUUCAAGAACGUCAAUAAAAUGUUUUUACUAUAAUACUCAAUAUUUAUAAUGGGUUUUUCCCACAUGGCCCAAAGUGCACACAAUUUCAGUUAAACCUAUUCAUACAAAAAAAAAACUAAUGACAUAUUAAAUGAAGGCAGUUUAAGUACAACAUAAAUGGAACACGGUAUUCACAAGUAUGGACUUAAUUAAAGCACACAAGUUAUUAAUAUAUAUGCUACUUGUUGACAUCUAUAGCACUCUGUCAAUCUUGGAAAUCUAAAAAUAAACAUGUAUCAUGACAGAGUGUGAUUGAAAAACACAACAAAUGAAGACCAACAUUUCCCAGAAUAAACCUGUUCUCUCUGAUUGCUUUUCACAUGUAUUGAGUACUUGGCAAAACCACUGUUCUGCAAACAUACCUGAUUUUAAAUAUAUUGUAAUUGCUUUCACAAAGCUACUUCAACGACAUUAAUACAUUUUUUUUACCAAUAAGUUCAAGUACAAAAUAAUGGAACACAGUAUUGAAAAGUAUGGCAUAAGGCACCAGAAUUGUGAAUACACAUGACUUUGCGACUCUACAAGAGGUCAAUGAUUGCACUCCACAUAGAUGUUAUGUCAAUCUUCCUAUAAACAAGUUUACAUGAAAGACAGAGUUUUGAUAACAAACUAAUGAACACCAAAUUUCGACGAAAAAAACUCAAAAUGUAUGUUAGCCUUCACAUGGCCAAAUGAUUAAAGUGUACCAAACCUAGGCUAGAAGAAAUAAAAUAGCCCCAAAAGAGGGAAAAUAAUACCCAAAAAUAGAACCCCAAAAUCGUUCUCUAUUUUCUUUUCACCUUAAAAGAUAUAUGAAACGGCGUGUUCCUACAGAGAAUCGUUAAACGGUAUGACCCGUGUAAGUAUCCAGAAAUCCGGAAAACUUUCCUGUAGAAACAAACGCGAUGCAAUUUAUUGAUAAACCGCAUCGUGCAAAAUACGGUUUCUCAUAACCAUCUCUGGGAAGUGGUUAUUGCCGUGUUUAAACAUUUAACUUUUCUGUAAAAACACAGGGCGAAAUAGCGUAUCGUGUUUGGCGGAAGUGUGUUAACCUGGAAGUGCAAUUUCGAAGUAUAUUUGCAAUGUUCUUGCCACUUUUCAAUCUUGCCAGCUGAUCGUGCAACACGUACACUUUCUACAUUGAGUGAGAUCUACCAUAAAUUGUGAAUAUUUUCCUGACGAGGUGCCAUUUUGGACAUACCACAAUUCAUUGUGAGGUCAUAGGUUGAAUUUUCUGAUUUUCGAUUGACGCGGUAUUGCGACACGGAAUGUGAGUUAAUCGGAUUAUUCGGUCUGUAGAAACAGGUUGGUCUAAGGCGCUAAGAUUUUUUUCGAUUCCGGAAAAGAUAAACUGUUUUAAACGAUUCUCUGUAGAAACACGCCAAAAGUUUAUCAUAAAUACAAUAAAGAUACAUAAAGAGAUAUAUGUUAUAUCAAAAUUAG